GGGAACUUAGCAGAACCCUCUCUCCUCCUCCAAGGUGUGGUUAGACAGAAGAGAACAAAUAGAGCAGCUGGCUGGGGGCGAGCUGCAGUCACUCUCAGCUCAGGACCUCACAGGUGCCCUGCCUGUUUGCCCCGGGCAGGUGUUGCAGCAGCCCUCCUAACAUCGAGGCUAGGAGAAUCCCAACAAGCACCAGCAACAUCAGCACCAUGACUUCAUCCGCUAAGGUCCAGGAUGGGGGCUGGGGGUGGGCCAUUGUCGCCGCAUCCUUCAUGGCCCAGCUGCUGGCUUAUGGAUCGCCCCAGUCUGUGGGUGUCCUGUACCCUGAGUGGCUGCAUGCCUUCCAGGAGGGAAAGGGCAUGACAGCAUGGGUAGGCUCCCUCGUGGCUGGAGUGGGCCUGAUAGCCAGUCCUGUCUGCAGUGCCUGUGUAGACAACUUUGGGGCACGUCCAGUGACCAUCUUCAGUGGCGUAAUGGUGGCCGGUGGCUUGAUGCUAAGCGCCUUUGCUCCAAAUGUCCAGUUCCUUAUCUUUUCCUAUGGAAUUGUCGUUGGACUGGGUUGCGGUCUUGUCUAUGCAGCCACGUUGACAAUCACCUGUCAAUAUUUUGACAAGAGACGCGGCCUCGCCCUCGGCAUUGUCACCACAGGGACAAGUGUUGGAGCAUUCCUCUAUGCCACUGGUCAGAAUGAGCUAAUUGUGUUGUUCGGCCUGGAUGGCUGUCUGCUUAUUAUUGGAGCAAUGGCAUUAAAUCUCAUGGCAUGCGCUGGCUUCAUGAGGCCGCUCAAUAUGCCUGGGUACUAUCUCAAACAAAAGGCCGCUCUGGAACGCAACACAGAAGAGCAGGUUUUUGUAAAGCCACAGUCGGAUGACCUGAAGAUAUCAACUGGUUCCAACCAUGCUACUCCGGAGAAAACUCUCACAGUAAAGGAGCUGCUCAUCACAAUCGACUCCAAGGACUUGGCCACCCAGACAGAGAAACCGAAAGAAGGUCCCCUGGCUGGGCUGGCCAUCAUGAAGGCAAUCAAGAAGAAGCAGAGGGCCUACUCAGAUUACAUGCACUCCAUGUAUGAAAUCCUGCAGGACCAAGUCAUGGUGGCGUUCUGCAUAGCCGUGUUCCUUUUCAGUCUGGGCGCAUUUCCUCCAGUUCUUUUUAUCGAGGACGUUGCACAAAGUGAGGGACUCAUUGAAGAAGUUAGCGUUAUUCCUCUUGUAUCAAUAGGGGCAAUUGCCACUUGUAUAGGUAAACUAGCGUUAGGUAUGCUGGUAGACAUCAGAUGGAUCAAUGGCAUCUAUCUCUAUGCCUUCACCAUGUUUUCAGGGAGCAUGGCACUGUUCUUUAUCCCAAUUACUAAGAGUUAUGUGGGACUGCAAAUCCUGUCUGCCAUCCUUGGUUUCUUCUCCGGAAACUGGUCUAUCACUUCAUACAUCACCACAAAGAUAGUUGGCUUGGACAGAUUGACACAAGCCCAUGGCAUCCUCAUGUUUUUCGGGGGAUUUGGAAUCAUGCUUGGACCCCCUGUUGUAGGGUGGUUCUUUGACUGUACACAGUCAUAUGACUUGGCCUUCUACUUCAGUGGGAGCUGUGUGCUGUUGGGAGCAUGCAUUCUCACUGUGCUCAGCCUUCCCUGCUGGAACAGGAAGAAAACUGAGAACGACAGACCAGAGGUCCAGUAUACCAGCAGCUGUGACAAAGUUGCCUCUGUAGCCUGAACAUGAGCACCCUUCAAAAGGACUCCAAUCUCACACCUGCUGCUUUUCAACUGUCCGUCUACCAUACCUGAAACAAUCUCAAAGGAACUUUCUCUCCGACUGUACUGGGUAUCUCUUACUUCUGCUGCCAGGUUUUACAUACCAAAUUUCUGAAAUACGGGCCUUUCUUUUGCUCUUAGCCUGCGUCAAAGCCAUCUACUAUGGAUCAUUUUAAAGGUUUGACUGAUAUCUGUGUUGACCUUUAUUUGUUAUUACCUCAUUUUACGAGGUUACCUGAACAAUAUUAUAUUCAGACUCUACAGUGUGUUUAUGUAAACACAAUAUAUUUUCUUUUUUUCUUCUCUUAAUUGUAGCUCCGAAAACAUUAAAUGGUGCCGCUUUUUACAUUCAGAAAAAAACACACGAAAAACGUCCUGAAAGUUGAGAUGUGUUGAUAUUACACAACAUCUAAAAUCCUCCUGCACAUGUAACCAUCAGUUCUUCUGCAACAGAGAGCUGUAGUUGUUUAAAUGAGGAUGUGAAGCUUUCUUUGUAAUCAAUUUAAGCAAUGUUUUUUAUUUUUCUUAUUCUAGUUGUAAUCAAAAUCUUAAUUAUGUUAUUUGUAUAUUGCCAAAGCAUCCGUGAUAAUCAAUGCCUGUCAACACAUAAUGCCUGCUGGAACAAUACAAAAGCAUUUGUUUUCUUGACCAUUUUAUUUUCAAGUGCAUUAAAUCAGUUGGAACUAUAUUGCAGAUUGAGAUCUUCUUGUUUCUGGUUCGGUCAGAUGUAAGUUUGGCUGAUUCAAAACAUUUGAGAGAUCUUACUGUAUCUAUGACCUUAACUGCAUGUUGAUUGUCACUACGGCAUGGUUAUCAUGACCACACUGUCAGUCAGUUUGUCCAAACUUUUCCUUUUCCAUCACAGUGUGUGUGUGUGUUUCAAUGUAUAUUUGUACGUUUUGUGUACGUAUCUGCACACGCAUGUUCACACGUAUGCACAGGUUGGUCUGUGUGGAUUGUUUGAUAGAAUUUUGUAUUUGCUCUAGUUUGUAAAGCCCUAUGUGCUAGUGACUUUUAUAUGCACAAAACCAGCCAUGGAGCUACCGAAAUUAGUCUUUUUUAUUUAAUUUGAUUUAAUUGUGGCUUUUAGAAUCUCUUGGAUAUUCUUGAAAAAACUAUCAAAUAUGUCUUUUGAUUGUUCCAGUUUCAGAUUUUAAGAGUAAUCUGGAACAUUAGUGUUUGCUUUUUAUAUUCAUAGAGGAAAUCUUACAGGGUGCGGAUGAGGCACUGUGGUAGAGAUUAAACUAUAUGCUGUAACCGCGUUUUUUUUUCUAAUUUCAGUAUUGUAAUAUUUAUGUACGCUUUUCUGUUAUGUUGUUUUAUUUAAAAGGUGCCAAUAAAGUAUUAUAGUACAAAAAUACAAUUCA